AUGGCAGUUCACCAUCGACAGGCCAAUGGCAAGCUCUCACAUGUUGCCAACGAUGAUGCCACCGUAGCCGGCAAAAAUGAUGUCGCGCAUGAGAGCAGCGAAGAAGUAUCGGCAUCUGCCAACACCAUGAAGCUCCUCAUCUGUGUCGGAGGCAUCUAUGCCUCUUUUCUAACAUGGGGAUUCCUGCAAGAACGAAUCACAACCACAAAYUACGGAACGGAGACGGAAAGAGAGGUCUUCAAGUAUCCGGUCCUGAUCAAUACUGUCCAAUCCGUCUUUGCAGCUCUGUUGGGCUACAUCUACGUCCUGACAACUCGGAAAUCGUCUUCUGAUCUUCCGGUAUUCCCGUCAAAGAAGAUACUAUGGCCUCUCAGUCUUGUGGCCAUCACCUCCUCUCUCGCCUCGCCGUUCGGAUACGCCAGUCUUGCGCAUGUGGACUACAUCACUUUCAUCCUGGCAAAGUCAUGCAAACUGCUACCCGUCAUGUUCCUGCACGUCACUUUAUACGGAAAGCGGUAUCCAUUCUACAAAUAUGCAGUCGUCGCGCUCGUGACAACUGGGGUGGCAAUCUUCACCCUCCAAUCUGGUGGUUCAAAGAAGAAGAGUGCGAGCGGGAACAGUCUCUACGGUCUAACUUUACUCGGCAUCAACUUGUUAUUCGAUGGGCUCACGAACUCGACCCAAGACGACAUUUAUGCGAAAUUUAGACCAUAUACUGGACAGCAGAUGAUGUGCGCUCUGAACAUAAUCUCUACAUUUCUGACCAGCGCGUACCUUCUACUGUCGCCAUAUCUAGCACACACUGGAAUCGGCGCCGUGGCCGGCUUCGACCUCAUCAAAGGCUCAGGCGAGCUGCAAGAUGCAUUGGAUUUUAUUCAACGCCAUCCAGCGGUCGGUUGGGACAUUCUGGGAUUCGCUGCAUGUGUCAUGACACUCUCAACCUUUGGAAGUCUGCUACUCGUAACCGUCACUGUCACGCGCAAGAUGCUGACCAUGAUCCUAUCGGUUGUAUGGUUUGGGCAUGCUCUGGGAAUGGUGCAGUGGCUCGGUGUUGGUCUCGUCUUUGGAGGCAUUGGAAUCGAAGCGCAGCUGAGCAAGAUGGAGAAGCAGCGCAAAAUGAAGGAGAAGAAGGCGGCUUGA